AUGUCGAAGGUUAUGAGAAGCGUGAAGAAUGUCACAAAAGGCUAUUCUAGCUCGCAGGUCAAAGUGCGAGAAGCUACUAGCAAUGACCCAUGGGGCCCUACAGGUACCCAGAUGAGCGAGAUCGCUCAGCUCACCUUCAGCUCGUCUGUCGACUUUAGCGAUAUCAUGGACAUUAUCGAUAAGCGGCUGAACGACAAGGGCAAGAACUGGCGACACGUCCUCAAGGCCCUGAAGGUGCUCGACUAUUGCCUGCACGAGGGCUCCGAGAUGGUUGUGUCCUGGUCCAAGCACAACCUCUACAUCAUCCGCACCCUGCGCGAGUUCAUAUACGUCGACGAGGAGGGACGCGAUGUUGGCCAGAAUGUUCGCAUCGCCGCCAAGGAACUCACGGCCCUCAUCCAAGACGACGAGCGGCUGAGAGCAGAGCGCAGCGAUCGCAGGGUUUGGAAGUCCCGUGUGACCGGGCUCGAUGAAUACGGCCCGCAGCACAACGAUCCUCCGCCUCACCGGCGUCACCGCGAACGGAGGCAGAACGAUGAUGAGGAUGACACCGAGUACAAACUGGCGAUCGAAGCUAGCAAGCAGCAGGAGGAGGAAGACCGCAGAAAGCGCGAGAGCCAUUCUGCCGACGGCGGCGGCGACGAUGACCUGGCCAAGGCAAUCAAACUGAGCAAGGAAGAGGAAGACCGUCGACGCCGUGAGAUUGAAGCCGCCAAUAACAGUAACAACAAUGCCGACCUCCUGUUCGAUCCAGAACCAGCGCAGCCGGCUGCGCAGCCGCAAUUCACCGGCUUCAACCAAGGCUAUCAGCAGGGCAGUGCUGUCGACUUUUUUGCGAACCCCAUCGACCAGAACCAGAUGCAAAUGCAGCCGACCGGCUAUAACAUGUAUGCCCAGUACGCGCAGCCAACUGGUGUCCAGAAUGGCUAUGGCGCAAACGGUUUUGUCGCACAGCCGACUGGCUUCGACCCGUACAACCAGGCGCUUCAGCUGCAGCAGCAGCAGACCAACAACCCGUGGGCUACCUCGAACAACACUGCUGCGCAGCCGCUGCAGCCGCUGCCAACGGGCUCGAACAACCCCUUUGCCGCCAACCCGACGCCAGCCCGAGCACAGCCUUUCCGGUCCUUCUCGCCUCUGUCCAGCCUGCCAGAGCAAAAGUCGCUCUCGCAAUUCCAGCAGCAGCCCCAGCAACAGCCCCAGCAGCAGUCAUACGCGCAGCCGCCGGCACAUCCGCAGAGGGAACUUACCGAGCACGAGGCAAGGCUCAACGCGCUUCUUGCCACCGGCGAGGGCUUGGACACGUUUGGCAACACGGGCCAGCUCCGUAUUCCCGCCCAGCACACGGCACCAGGGACGUUUGUCAACAGUGCUGGUGCCGGUCUCAGCCGCAUGACGGCAGACGCCACCGGCACCAACCCGUUCCUGCGAGGACAGUACACGGGCAUACCGACAGUAUCGUAUGGCAGCGGCAUGUCCGGCAAUCCAUACGGGAUACAGCCACAGCAGCAUCAACAGCAGCAGGUGCCCCCCCAGGGUGAUCUCAUCCAGUUUUAG